CCAUCGCCAGAGGAGACCGACAAAGACGCUGAGCUCGAGACUCAGACUAAUCAUUCCACAAGAUGCCGCCAAGCGGUAACGGCAAAAGAGACGACCCCGCGUGACUGCGAUGACCUGCACAAGAUGCGGAUCAGAGAAACCGGAAUCUACAUGGACCUCCUCACCCAACCCCUGAGAUGUGUGAUGACGUCAGAUGCAGGCUGGACCGUCAUCCAACGGCGCACAGACGGCUCUGAGGAUUUCUACCGCAACUGGGAGGAUUACAAGACGGGAUUCGGGGAUCCGGCUGGCGAGUUUUGGCUCGGGAACGAGCUCCUUCAUCAGAUAACGGCCUCGAAGUGCCACCGACUCCGGAUCCGGCUAGAGGAUUGGGAAGGAAACGUGGCCUUCGCCGAAUACGACUUCUUUGCGGUGGAGGGCGAAUCGGACGGCUACAGACUGCGCCUCGGUGCGUACAGCGGCGGUACUGCAGGGGACGGGAUGAGAAAGAAUGCGGACAAUCGCUUCACAACCAAGGACAGGGACAACGACGUUUGGGGACACCAUUCCGCAAACAACUGCGCGAACCUCCGCGAUGGUGGGUGGUGGUACGCCGCCUGUGGCUCGUCCAACCUGAACGGAGUCUACCAGCAGUUCCGCGACGCUGAACCCGUCAUCAUUGACAUAAGGUACAACAACGCCAUAUGGUGGCGAACAUGGAAAGAGACGUAUCAGCUUUACCCCCUUAUGUCUACAGAGAUGAGUAUGGCUCCCUACGUUACAGAAACAAGUAAGGCACCAAACACAAAUACGGCGUAAAUGGCAACAGUGCCUUACCUGUAUUGUUUUAUGGUCUUUAUAGAGUGACACCCUAGGUUGUCAAAGUAAAACCACUGAUCUUCAAUGGCUUAGACCUAGCCUUGAUAAUUUCUAUUGAUCUUGUAGAGUACGCAAUCUUAUGCACAACUGUUAGUCUUUAGAACUAUCUGCACAAAGGCAAAGAGGAUACAUGCUACUAGCAAAAAAAUAUGAGUUGGAUUUUAAAUGAAAGCUGCCAGCUACAUUGUACUCUUGUGUUGCUCGCCAUCAUUGGCAAACCAUGUCAUUUGGAUAUGCUUGAACAAACAUUGUGGAAUAUCAUUACAUAUUUAUCUACUACUUUGUGUAGGCAUUAGUUUUGAACGAUUUUUGUUGAUUGAUAUUGCUUUCAUGUUGUACCGUUUGACAUUGUUUAUGACAGUGUUGUUCUGCAUGUGCACAUGUUAUUUCAAGUUAUCAUGAAGUAACAAAACAUGUCCUGUAGACAUUCUUACUGAUUAAUGUCAUAUCUACAUUCUGGUACAUUCUAGUGAAUAACAGUCAAUCAAUGUUUCAACUUUGUGUCUUCAAUUCAA